AUGCAGGUGCUUGGCUUCCUUUUUGCGUGGUUGAUGGUACUCAAUCGGCCUCCUUUGGUGGCAGCUUUCCUUGGCGCCUCUCAAACAACCUUUGAUGUUUGCAGAACAGAAGACACUGCGGUCCGCAUGUCAUCGAGCGAUACCAGUACCGGUAGCAGCAGAGUGACAAGCAAAAAGGGGAGGCUACUAGUGUUAGGAGGAACAGGAUUUCUCGGACAGGCUGUUUGCAAACGAGCUGCUUUGGAUGGAUUCCUAGUGACGAGCUUGUCGCGACGAGGGCGUCCACCAAGUAGUGGAGACCAGUCACCAUCUUCGACAAACAUCAAAUAUCUGGCCGGGGAUGCACGGGAAAAAUCAACCAUUGCGGAAAUUUUGAAGGAAGGUUCCUAUACCGGUAUCAUUCAUUGCGUGGGCCUCUUGCUGGACGAAGAGUCUGGUCUUGGCCAAUACAACCGAUUUGCGUCGGGGUCUGGAUCUCUACCAGAUUCUGGUUCCACCUAUGAUACCAUUACACGUCUGACGGCCUUCAAUGCCAUGGACGCCGCCAUAGAGUACGCCAAGGAAAACAACAACAACGAACCCUUUCCGUUUUGUUUUGCAUCGGCGGCGGAAGCAGGGUGGCCCGACAUGCCGGGUGGCUCCUUUGUGGAAAACAAUCUCGCACCCGAUUUUCUAAAGCGGUACUUGGCUGCCAAACGAGCCGUGGAAGAGCGCUUGCAAAGUAGCAGCUCUGAACUGUUGCGACCCAUCAUUGUUCGCCCUUCCCUCAUCUACACCAUGGACAAACCUGCUUCCUUGCCGGCAGUCGGAGCAUUCUUUAUUGGCAACAAGAUUGGAUUGCCAUUUGUGGACCAACCAGUGACAGUUCAGUCCUUGGCCAAUGCCAUGGUACGGUCGAUAGCCCAAAAAGAGACGAGAGGGAUACUACGCUUUCAAGAAAUCAAUGCCAUGAGCGAGUAA